GAAGGUAUGACUAAUGAGGUAUAGUACAAACAUGCCAAAAUAUAUGUGCACCACGCAAAGGCAAUUAUAAAAAUGUAAAUUAUACUCUAGCCAGCUUUCAAUUCUUCUGCUUCUCUGUUUCUUAUGUAAUUAAUCAUGAAUUGUAGGAAGGUUUUCCAAUAUGACAUACGAAGUACAUAGUAUCUAUACAAAUGAUUAGACCAACCACACAAGUCAACAUGGGAGCCAUAUAAUAUACAGCCUGAGCUAUUUUCAUGGUGUUUUAAUCCUAAUAUCCUCCUUGAUUUUAGCAGUCAGUGGAUGAAACCACAAGUUUCCAACUGGAUUCCCAUUGUUGAAAGUAGGAUAAAGCAUUGCUGAGUCUGAGCUGUUCAAAUUACGCGUCUAGUUCUAAUGCUUUAUAUUUCUCAACUCCAAAUCUUCCCUCUCCCCUCUUCUAUAUUUUUAUGUGACUUUUGGAGAUAAAAGAGUUUGUAAUUGGCAAUAUGGCUGAAAAUGGUGAAGAUUAUGCAGCAUCUGGAGCAAUGUUAGAGAACGUGUGGGCAAGCUUUAUUGGUGGGGAUGGAGCAGGUGAAGGAACAAAAGAUACAUCAGAAAUUUCAAAUUCCUGGGAUGGACUGCCUAGUCUUGAUGGGAAAGACAGGUCGAUGAAAGUUCUACAACGUUUACCAAGUCUAGGAAGGUGGAUAUCAAUGGGAGCCGAGGCCUGGGAAGAGCUUCUUGAUGGUAUUAGCCCUGCAAACAAUAUGCAACAGUCGAGUAAUGACAAGCUAGAAAGCAAUUCUGCAACAGACUCGUGCUUACCGGAGACUAAUGUAAGAGUAGAGAAGGUGGCUACACGUCACUACCGGGGUGUGAGGAGGCGGCCAUGGGGAAAGUAUGCUGCAGAGAUUAGAGACUCAACAAGAAAAGGCGCUCGAGUUUGGCUUGGGACUUUCAACACAGCUGAGGAAGCUGCUCUGGCUUAUGACAAGGCUUCUUUGAGAAUUAGAGGCCACAAGGCAUUUCUUAACUUCCCACUUGAGACGGUUGCCAAGGCUUUAGGAAUUGAUGUGAACAACUCUUCUAUAACUUCUCAUCUAGAUGAAAAAGAAACAUUUCUUGGUUGCAGUGAGAAAGUUUAUAAUCCUCGAAAGAGAGUGUUGAGAGAGUGGGAACAAGAUGUUGAUAUGAUGAUCGAACAGCCUGCUUUGAAAAGAAUGGCAGGGAAUGAAUUUGAUGUUGUUGAGUUUCAGGACCUGGGGAGUGAUUUCCUGGACAGUUUGCUGUCUUCUUUUUGACAAAUAAUGCACAGGAUGAGUUACCCAUAGAAAAAUGACUGAGGCAAGUAAAAGACCAAUAUACUUAAUUAGUUGAAUUUAUGUAAAA